GUCGUUCCUUGCUCUCACAUACAAUGUAAUGUUACCGUCGUGCAGGAGAUUGAUACAUCACUUCAUGAUUACUUCCCAUAUAUGGGCAUUUGAGCUUGUGACGGCCGUGCACCAUCCGCAAACAGACAUGAAGCUGUCUUAUUCCAGCAACUGAACCCACAGUGGGAAAGUGUUUCUCUUGGACAGGUUAUGACAACAACCAAUCAUUUACCUACCGUAGUUCAAGAAGUGGUUCUUUAUUUCUGAAUAUGUUUGUUACGAAUCCUGCUGACCAGUGUUCGUUCAAUGCAUUUGCGCCUGAAAAAAUGAAUGCUGCAUGACAUGUCAAAUGUGGAAACAAUUUCACUCCACCAUUUGAGUCAGUAUGAUGUUUCAAAGGAAGCUGAUGAAAAAUGGUGUCAUUUUGAAUCCCAAGGUAAUGGAUGUUAAACCGGUUCUGUCCUCACCAGACACAGACAUUUUGCAUGGCCAUGUACAGCAUGGGCAUAUUUAUAUCCCCAGUUCAAGGGGUUUGCCAUCCAUUGUAUCCACUUCAGUUCCUUCAGUGGAUAGCCAGCCUUCCAACCCUGGCCAGGAUGCAAAUAUUUUUUUGCUAAGUCUUUCACCUCAGAGUUCACAGCCUAAAUACUACCAGCAGCAGCAGCCACAACUGGUAACCACAGUAACGACCCCGCAAUAUGUGUUUGAUGAAAUACUGGAUGUUGGUGAUCAAAUCCGUGAGGAACACAAGUUACAACGUAGCCAGUUUGGUUCUCAAGCAGUUUUGUUAGAUUUUGAAUGUGAGCAGUCUAUGCCAAGUGUACCACAUUCUGCACUUGAUCCUGUAGUUACUUUGGCUUUUGAAAAUGAAGCAAAUGCUGUGAGCACUUGCCAGGUUCAGGUUUUAUCUAUGAGUGUUAAUCCGUCCUUAUAUAUAGCUAGCAGUUUUGUGACAGCUGCCAGGUCUAAAUCUAUUGAUGCAAGGGAUUAUGGUGAUAAAUCAUGUAAAAAGGAUGUUCCAACAAAUCAGUCUAUUGGUUUGGCAAGAGAUAUAACAGACAGGAUGGACAAAAAAAUUGCAAUUUUACCAGUGAAUGAUCGGAUUGAUCCACAGAUGCCAAUGCAUUUAAUCAGCUGUGAUUUAAAGUCAAAUAUAUGGCAAGACGUAUCUGAAAGUCAUAACAAUGAAAUGCCUUUGGCAAUGAGUUCUACAAUUAUUGUUGAAAUGUCAGAAGUUGAUGCGACAUCGGAGGUAGUGAAUUCCAAUCUGGUAGAAGAGUCUGUUGAAUACUUUUCUGAUGACUAUGAAGAGAUUUUCAUUGAAAGAGACAAAAGGAAAAGCAAGAGCUAUCAUUCAUCUCUUCCGGCACCAAAGAGGGUUUGUGGUGAAGCUUCGUCCGGAGUCGUAGGCAAUCCCAGAGGUACUUCAUCAGAAUUCUGCAGAAAGGACUAUCCCCCUUUUUCUGAAACCAGCUAAGAGGAAAUGGGACGAAAGUAGUGACAUAGUGAGUGUAAAGAGAGUGAAGAAAGUGAAGACACCUGAAGAGGACAAGACUGAACACAGUGUUGGAGUGAAGAAACUAGCUAGCUGUAUGAACCUGCAACCUUCAGAUGAUGACCACUUGCUCUAUCUAUAAGGAUGGCAAAGCAAGCCACUUUGUGGAUGCCCAGAACAAGGCCACCUCUAACUGGAUGAGAUAUGUGAACUGCGCAAUGACGGAGGCAGAUCAGAAUCUUGUUGCAUUCCAGUACAAAGGAGGCAUCUAUUACUGCACAUUCGAGCCAGUUUCACCAGGAGACGAACUGCUUGUCUGAUACGUAGAUGACUACGCCAGGGAACUUGACCUUAGCAGUGACAGGAACUUGCUUUUCAGACCUAUAUAUAUCAAUGGCAAAGAAAUUUACCAAUGUGCGCACUGCAACAUAUCAUUCACAAGUGCAGUCUCCUGUGCGCGUCAUUUGAGAAUAGUGCAUGGUGAUUAUAAACUGACAUCCAUUUAUAAACAAGUUCUGGACCAAUGGCUUAGAGAAAAUGAUCAUAAAUAUCUUAAAAAGUAUUCAACAAAUUUUAAUCAAUCAACCAUAAACACAAAGCUCAACAGUAUUUCAAAUGUUAAACAUAAUAACAGUGACAUUUCACAAAGUGUUUGUUAUAAACAAUUAAAAAGUGCAAUAUUGCAGAAGAAAAAACAUUGUAAUAUAUGGAUGAAAAGGAGAACACUCGUGAGUUGUGUAACUUUACAAUAAGUAAUAGUAGGUACAUGAAGACAAACAUUAGAA